AAAAGGCAGCUGGGCCCGGGGGACCACUACCACCAAUGCACGGAGACCGGUAGUCGCCCCGAAUGUCUGGCUUCGCUGUUAUUUAUUGGAUACAAAGCAAAAGGGGCAGGGUAAAGAAUGUGAGUCUUCUCCAAUGAUAGGUAAGGUCACAUGGGUCACGUGUCCACUGGACAGGGGGCCCUUCCCUGCCUGGCAGCCGAGGCAGAGAGAGAGAGAGAGAGAAGACAAAGACAGCUUACGCCAUUAUUUCUGCAUAUCAGAGACUUUUAGUACUUUCACUAAUUUACUACUGCUAUCUAGAAAGCAGAGCCAGGUGUACAGGAUGGAACAUGAAGGUGGACUAGGAGCGUGACCACUGAAGCACAGCAUCACAGGGAGAUGGUUAGGCCUCCGGAUAACUGCGGGAAAGCCUGACUGGUGUCAGGCCCUCCACAAGAGGUGGAGGAGCAGAGUCGUCUCUAAACUCCCGCGGGGAAAAGGUGACUCCCUUUCCCGGUCUGCUAAGUAGCGGUUGUUGCUGCUUGACACCUUUUGCUACCGCUAGACCACGGUCCGCCUGGCGACGGGCAUCUUCCCAGAUGCUGGCGUCACCGCUAGACCAAGGAGCCCUCUGGUGGCCGUGUCCAGGCAUAACAGAAGGCUCGCACUCCUGUCUUCUGAUCACACCUAUGUCCCCUCAGCUCGUAUCUCUGUAGGGUCUGGUUUUUCCUAGGUUAUGAUUAUAGAGCGGGGAUUAUUAUAAUAUUGGGAUAAAGAGUAAUUACUACCAACUAAUGAUUAAUGAUAUUCAUAUAUAAUCAUAUCUAAGAUCUAUAUCUGGUAUGACUAUUCUUGUUUUAUAUUUUAUUAUACCGGAAGAGCUCGUGUCCUUGGUCUCUUGCCUCGGCGCCUGGGUGGCUUGCCGCCCACAUUAGGAGAUCUUUCCCUGUCAUAAUUUCUUCAGUUAUGAUUUUUGCAAAGGCGGUUGCAGUGGUCUCAUUAGUUUUACAAAGGCUUAGUUUUGAGGAAGGGCUGCUAUCAUUUAAACUAUAAAUGCCUCCCAAAGUUAGCUUUGCUUAUCCAGGAAUAAUUAAGGGCAGCUUUAAGGCCAAAGGCAAGAUGGGGGUUGGCCAGAUCUCCUUCAAGGCCAUCCUUCUCUCACCGAUACAAUUUUUUGCAAAGGCGGUUUCAGAACGUCAGAACGCCUGUCUUAAUGUAACUGUGGCCCAUGUAACGAUGUUUAGAGGGUCUUCUCUGAUUUCUAAAAGGCUGAAACGCUUGUAAGGGCUCUGCUGGACCUGCCCGUGCGUCUUUCCUAUAAAUGCAGGGAGGGAGGGAGACAAGGAAUCAACACAGCCCCAGGGCUGCCCUGGGUUUAUUCCAAGAGUUUGAAUCGCGUAACUUGGAGCUGUGUAGCGCCCAUCCCAUCCACGCUAGGCCCGCGCUCAGAGUCAGGCCUAAGCACUCGGCCAUGAUGCGCGUGGGACCGAGCCCACCCCGCUCGGUUCCUGUGAGCAGCAGUUCAGCCCUCACUGGACAGACUUGGGGACCGCCACCGGCACCCACCCUCUGCUCGCUGCGCACUUCCGGGGUCGCGUUAGAAUCGCGUCAGAGCCGGGCGCCCCAGGCCGCGCAUGAGCAGGAGCAGAGCCAACGUGUCAGCGGCGCCCAAGCGGCCCCAGCGCGCUCGCGUCGCCCCGCUCUCCUCACCUAGUCGCCAAUGGGCUCAGGAUCCGCCCCUGACGACGCGGGCCCCGCCCCUGGAGACACGCGCCGCGCAGUCGUCACCCGCCCGGGAGCAGGAGGCCGGGGACGCCCGCCGGUCGGGCCUGGGCGGCCGCCAUGAAGCUGACGCGGAAGAUGGUCCUGACCCGGGCCAAGGCCUCGGAGCUGCACAGUGUGCGCAAGCUCAAUUGCUGAUCUCCAUUUGCCGGGAGAUGCCCAGCCUGGAGGUGAUCACACUCAGCGUCAACAGCAUCUCCACGCUGGAGCCCGUGAGCCGGUGCCAGCGCCUGAGCGAGCUGUACCUGCGGAGGAACCGCAUCCCCAGCCUGGCCGAGCUCUUCCACCUGAAGGGGCUGCCGCGUCUGCGGGUGCUGUGGCUGGCCGAGAACCCGUGCUGCGGCGCCAGCCCCCACCGCUACCGCAUGACCGUGCUGCGCACCCUGCCGCGCCUACAGAAGCUGGACAACCAGGCUGUGACGGAGGAAGAGCUGUCCCGUGCACUGAGUGAGGGAGAGGAGAUCACCGCCGCCCCGGAGAGAGAGGGCACAGGCCACGGCAGCCCCAAGCCAUGCUGCACACUGAGGUCCCUCAGCUCUGCUGCUGAGACCGGCCAGGACCCGCUGGACAGCGAGGAGGAGGCAAUCAGCGCCCGGGCUGAACUUGGCCUGAAGCCCCCUUCCCAGGACCAGUUUCCUUCCUUCUCACCCAGGGAUGCUUCAAGCAGCCACAAGAGCAGGAAUGUCCUGACUGCCAUCCUGCUGCUGCUGCGGGAGCUGGACGCAGAGGGGCUGGAGGCCGUGCAGCAGACUGUGGGCAGCCGGCUGCAGGCCCUGCGUGGGGAGGAGGUGCAGGAGCACGCCGAGUGACCGCAGGACCUGAGCGCCACUCCACCCUCCACGAGGACCCCAGCGUCUUCCCCAGCCCCCGGGAGCUGGAGGGUGGCUGCCACGGCCGCAGCCCUGGCCCCACACAAAAGCCUCCCUGGUUCGCCACAUCGGCCGAGGGCAGGAGUGGGUGUUAGGUACUAGCUAACCAGGGCGGUAGAGAUGCUGUCCACACCAGUCCUGUCCCCAGGACUCCCCUUCUGUGGUUUGGUGGUUCUGGGCUGGCCUGGGCUCUUAAAGGGAGGAUUUUGCAGGCUGUCCUCCCUAAUAAAAGAUUUUCCCAAGGUU